GCUUUGUAUUUCUAUUGUAUUACAUGAGGGUAGCUUAGAGAACCACCAUACAUGUUAGCCACAGUACCUUAUGCCUACCAAUCUUCCACUGAAUCCGUUUUGAAUCUCACUGGUUCUUGUGCGUGAACGCUUCAUGUCCGGGAUAAGACACCGUCCCUAGGGGGCGACACCGUCACACCUCCAUAGGCCCCAUUACUGUGAUCAUGACCAGUUUGGAAGCAGGAGUCAUAAAAUGAGGCCUGAUUAAUGUCCAAAUGCACUGGUACUAACCAGGUAACUGUUUAGUUUUACUGACAAGUAUUUUGUUGUUCCCCAGCGACGGACUGGCACCCACUCUGGGAUGUCCCCCAAAAAACUGCAUACUAAACACCACGUUCGCCCUAUGUGGAUGUGACAGCUAUUCUACUACAUGAAAACACAACCCGUAUAAACAAUUAAGCAAUACACUACGCAAUACACUGUACCUAUAUUGGUAUUUAACAACCAAUGUGGAUACGACGUGUAUAAUCACCAAACUCACAUAGCCGUCCUUAUAAAUUAACAUACAGCCUCGUCACUCGGUGUGCCCUGAAAUCAAAGAACGCAUAACAAACAUUUUAAAGUAACUAAAGGUAAAAUGAUGGGUUAAUUCAUCCCCUACAGUAAUACAGUUCAUACUAACAAUAUUCUUCGGACAGUCUCAUCGAUGGGUUCAACAUGGGGUGCAAAGUCUUUUUUCCGGACUCAUAUGCAGACUGCCAAUUAUCGACUUUAUUAGUUCAGGUCAGUGCAGUCCAGUGCAGUCCAGCCCAAACCAGGCAUCGCCCUUCCCUUUCUGUCACCCUAAGCAUGACAGCGGUGAGUGUGCAAACUGCUUAUCGGUCCGUCUGGAAAAAGAGCUCGAACAAAAGGAUCCCAUCUAAUUAGCUCAGUAUUUGUUACCGUUGAAUAAAAACGUCAAGAGAUUAUUCAUGUAAAAAGUGUCACGUUACAUUAAAGGGAAUAUUUUAAACCCAGUUUAUAAGUUGCAGUGAUAAAUUAUUUAUAUGGCAUUGCCCUAAGAUCACUUAAACGGUACUUCCUUUAAAACUGCAGGAACACUGGCGCAGAGUCUACCGCUUAAUUUGAAGUGCAUUUUAUGAUUUAUUUCACGAUUAAGAGGAAAUCACUGUUAUGAAUGAUUUCCCAGCAGACCCAUUUCCUCAACGACAAUAAUCUAGAGGUCCAGCCAUCAGCGGGGUUUGUGAGUCCGACGCGGCGGCUGGAUGGACGCCCCGAUGCGUAAACGGCGCAACUCCGCGGGCCAGGCGUCCGGCUUCCUCCCGGGCCGAAUUGGGUCCCGGGAAUCUGAGAGUUUGCAGAAGAAACAGCAGUUCCACCUGGAUCUCUGGUUCUACUUCACAGUACAGAACUGGAUCCUAGACUUUGGGAGACCCAUCGCCAUGGUGGUCUUCCCGCUUGAGUGGUUCCCCCUGAACAAGCCCAGCGCUGGCGAUUACUUCCACAUGGCUUACAACGUCAUCACGCCCUUCCUGCUUCUGAAGCUUAUAGAGCGCAGUUCCAAGACCCUCCCCCGCUCGGCGGUGUACCUCUGCAUCAUCACCUUCGUCAUGGGAGCCAGCAUCCAUCUGGUGGGCGACUCUGUCAACCACCGGCUGGUGCUAAGUGGCUACCAGUUGCACCUCUCCGUCCGGGAGAACCCCAUCAUCAAGAACCUGCAGCCGGCCUCUCUGAUCGACUCAUUUGAGCUUCUUUACUAUUAUGACGAGAACCUCGGCCAUUCGAUGUGGUACAUUCCCUUCUUCAUCAUCCUCUACGUUUACUUCACGGGCUGCUUCACAAACGUCCGGGAGGGGGGGAGGACACCGCUGUCCUCCUGGCUCUUGUUGGGACCCAGCGCGCUCUACUAUUGGUACCUGGUGACCGAAGGCCAGAUCUUCAUCCUCUUCAUCUUCACCUUCUUCGCCAUGCAGGCCACGGUCAUGCACCAGAAGCAGAAGGGCCUGGUUCCGGACAGUAACGGGCUCUUCCUGUUCUACAGCUUCGGCCUGGCUCUGCUGCUGGUCAGCGUCUGGGUGGCAUGCCUCUGGAACGACGAUGUCCUGCGCAGGCGCUACCCCGGCAUCAUCUACGUGCCCGAGCCCUGGUCCUUCUACACCCUGCAUGUUAAGGGCCGCUAGCUAAUCACAGGCUGCCACUGGGUGGCGCUCUUGCAGGAAAUGGUGUUCUGGAGCCGACCAAUCUGAAACCCCAAAGCUGUUAUAGGAUGUUUUUUUUUUUUUACCUAAUUUUCACCCCGUUUCCACAUCUGCUUGGGGUAGCAGUGGUCAAGCAAACUGACUGGUGGGCACAAAGGUAUGGUAUCUACUCUAAGUUCCUCCUCCACGUUGUUGGGGUGCACUGGCAGGGUUGACUUCCUGUACACCCCCCCCACAUUAAGGCAAUGCGACACUGAGGGGACAGUAAAUAUACUUACAUAGUUACUUAUUCCAAUAGUCUUAGGAGAGGUUUUUUAGAAGCUUAUAUAUUUUAACGAAGUGUUAUGUAUGACUGUUACUAACAGUGAUAUUGUGUUAUAAACUCCAGCUUAAUCUACUUGCACGAUGAACUGACAUGAGAGAUGAAUGUGAGUUAAUUUCUCUAAUUACAUGUGGCCUUUUGAAAGAUCAACUUCACUGAAUGAAUUUUGUUGUCAUUUACUGCAUAUUUCAGGUGUUUUAUUUUUUAAAUACACAAGCCUUGUUUCUUAACUGGGCAGCUUACUUGA